UAUAAGCAACCCAAGCCAAACCAUAUUCUUUCAUUCAUCCAUACAAACCACACCAAAAUGAUAGGUUGGGAGGACGUAUACAAGGUGGUGGUGGCGAUGGCGCCGCUGUACGUGGCGCUAGCCCUCGGCUACUUCUCCGUCCGGCGGUGGCACAUGUUCAAACCCGACCAAUGCGACGCCAUCAACCGUUUCAACUGUUUUUUCGUCAUCCCUUUCUUCAACUUCCAGUUCAUGGCCCAUAUAAACCCUUACCGCCUCAACUACCCUUUCCUCUCCGCUGACGUCAUCGCCAAAUUCCUCGUAAUCGCCGCCCUCGGCGCGUGGGCUAAUUUCACCGACAAAGGCUCCCUUUCCUCGUCCGUCACGGCGUUUUCUCUCUCCACCUUGACCAACACCCUCAUUGUCGGCGUGCCGUUGCUCCGGGCCAUGUACGGCGACUCCGGCGCCGACCUUGUUGUUCAGGCGGCGGUGAUUCAGAAUCUUGUUUGGUUCACUUUUUUGCUCUUUGCGUUGCAGUUUUGGUUUACUCGGACCCACCCUACGACGUCGUCCCGGAUCGCCGCCGGCAAUGGGUCUUCCGUUCAGAUGGCCGCCGGCGACGUUGAAGCUAAUAAUAGUCACAAUAAUAACGAAACUAAUACUACUUAUAGUGACGAUUCUGCCGCGACGGAAUCCACGUCAGUUUUGUCACUAAUGAUGCCCGUUCUCUCUAAUCUUGCUCAGAAUCCUAAUUCCUAUGCAUGCUUUCUUGGCCUCUUCUGGGCUCUUUUGGCCAGCAGGUGGAAUUUGCAGCUGCCAAGUAUUAUAGAAGGGUCUAUUGUUAUCAUGUCAAAGGCUGGGAGUGGAGUUGCCAUGUUUAGCAUGGGACUUUUUAUUGCACUACAAGAGAACAUAGUUGAGUGUGGUGCAAGUGUGACGGCAUUGUCGAUGGUUUUGAGGUUCAUUGUUGGACCAGCAACCACGCUCAUUGGUUGCCUAGUUUUAGGUUUGCGUGGUGAUGUCCUAAGGAUUUCUAUCAUCCAGGCCGCACUGCCUCAAUCUCUUGCAUCCUUCGUUUACGCCAAAGAAUAUGGACUCCAUGCAGACAUUCUCAGCACCGCGGUUACAAUUGGCACCUUGAUUUCUGUUCCGUUGCUGAUUACGUACUACGUAAUAUUGGGGUUCAUUCACUGAUAAUACGUAUACUGAAAAAGUCUUGGGUGAUAUCAUAAUUUACCAUUUGUGAUGAUGCCUUGACAACUUUGUAAUUCUAUUAACUACUUUUAAUAUUACCAUUCGUCACUUUUGCUAAGAAAUUUCCUGAUGA